AUGAAUACUUUAGAAGUUAAGAAAAGAGUUAAAGUAGCAUGGAGUGAUGAUCUGAGCCAUGACUCUGAAGAAGAAAGAGAACGGGAGCGCCUGGCGCAGCUUGAGAGGGAACUCGCCGAGCUUCCCGUCAAGCCCACGUACCCGCCCGAGGAAAUGGAGAAGUUGGUAUCAUACGUGAUGAGGAUGACUACCCUGUACGAUUUACGUGAAGAAGAUUGGAAUGACGAUGUGAAACAUGCGAUUGAAGAAUGGUUUCUGGAGCCACGAGCUCUCAUCCUGUGCGUAUUCUUCAAAGGGGAUAAGCUAAAGGCAAUGCCCGAUAUGCCAUUGGUACCUGUCUUCGACCUGACAUACUUUUUGCGACAACCGGAUUUUGUAUUCAAAGCAGAAACCUUCCAUGAUGACAUAGUAUUUGGAACAUUUGUAGAUUCUGUGGAAGCGAACAUGAUACAGAUCUUGGAGUACAUGUAUGCACCGUAUUUCUUCGCUGUCAACACAUGGCCCGAUAGUGUAAAAAGCGAAUUCUGCUCUCACAUCCACACAUUUCUUGCGAAACUCACAGACAUGUACUACAAAAUGCUUGGUCUUACUGUUCUCUACAUACCUCGAGAAGGCCAACAAUUAACUUUUGAGAUGGCCAGUGCUGAUCGGGAAUUAGUUAAGAGGUUAGAAGGCGUCGUGGUAUACUGGACUCAUCAGAUCAAGUCCUGUAUAGAAGACCAAGCGUUCGUGGCAUCACAGAAAGAACUUUUGUGCCCAAGUGAUGAAUAUGACUUCUGGAUAUAUAGACAUGAGAAUCUUAGCGCUCUACGGCAUCAACUGAAAAACCCCGCCGUAAGAUAUAUCACGAAGAUCUUAGUAACAACGCAUUCCACAUUCAUUCACCAGUUCCAAUCUCUUUGCGAAGAAAUCGUUCAAAAGAUAAACGAAGCGACAUCUAAUAUCGAAUACCUUCAAGUCAUCAAACAACCUUGCGCCAUAUUAGAAUGCGUCGAAGACCCUGACGAGAUCUCUAACCAUAUACCUCAAAUUAUUAACUUAUUUAGAUUUAUUUGGAUGGAAUCUCCUUACUACAACUCUGAAACUCGUAUCACUAACAUCUUUAAAGCACUGAGUAAUCAGAUUAUAAUUUUAUGCAGAACUUAUAUUCAACUUGAUGAAUUAUUUGAUGGCGCGACAAAGAAGGCUCUUGGAGAGUUUAGUAAAUGUAUAGACUGUUGCAAAAAAUAUAGGGAGAUCUACGACACGAUGGCGGAAGCCCAUAAUGAGAUUAAACCUGGUAGUUGGGAACUGGAUACAAGAUCUAUUUUCAAUUACAUUGAUUCCUUUGUGCAGAGAUGUUUCGACAUGUUGGAUGUGUGUAAUUGCAUGAUUAUAUUUGGAAGGAUCGAUGAAUUAGAAAACAUCAACAGACCUAUGUUUGGAGGUGCUCACGGCGACAAAUUUGAGGCUAAAUGUGAUCAAAUCGAACAUAUGUUCCAUGAUGCUUUGGAUCAUGUUAAACGAGUAUCUGUCUCUAUACUCGACGUACAAGCCCCAUCUUGGUACGAUGAUAUGUUGCAAUUCAGGACUGUUAUUAAAGAUAUUGAGAUAAUAAUUGAAAAUCUCGUCGAGACAGUAUUCGAAGGCGUCAAUCACGUUGAAGAAGCCGUAAUUGCGUUGUACUCUUUGAAUAAUUACUCUAAAAGAAAAAAUUUGAAGCGUAUCUUUAAAAGAAAAACAGCUGAGGUGUGGGCAAUGUUCAGUGACGAAGUACAAGAAGCAAAGAAAGACAUGGUAUCAACUCGUAGUCAGCACCCCGCCGAUCUACCCACCUUUGCUGGUCGAGCAAUAGUCUUGAAAAUGAGGAAGAAUCGCCUUCUUUACUUGAAGAAAGUAAUGACGGAUGCGUCUGUAUGGUUAAUUCCUUGCAGCAAUUCCGAGGAUGUGAUUAUGCACGUUAAUAGACUCAUGGGAGCCAUUGAUGUCGCAGUUCGAGAACUCUUCAUAUCUUGGACGCACAACUUUGACGAAAAAUGUGGAGCGGGGCUGAACAAAACACUAAUGCGGAAAAGCGUAGAAAAUCCAGGCUUACUGGAAUGUAAUAUUGAUGUUAAUAUUUUGGAGCUAUGCAAAGAAGCAGCCCACUGGGAGAAUUUAGGCAUGGACAUACCUCUGCAUGCUUUUCAGGUGUACAUGAAAAGCAAGACAGUGUUUUAUGUUUACGAAAGCGUGCUAGCUGUUGUGAAGGGAUAUAACAAGAUUUUGGACUCAUUAUCAGAUGAAGAGCGACUUCUUUUCAAACCACUGACCACGGCUUGUGAGAAAAAAGUUCAACCGGGCAUUACCAAAUUAACCUGGACUUCAACCAUGUCUGAUGCCUAUAUUGCUGACUGCGUAACACAAAUCGGAGAACUUCAAGACUUUUUAACGACUUAUAAAAAUUGUAACGUUAAUCUAGUCAAAAUAAUGGAAAGAGUGUGCGCCACGCCAUUCAUAGCAUUUGACAAUUAUAAUAUAUUUGAAAUACAUGUAUUUCGAGAAAAUAUUCGUACCAUGGAGAGUGAAGGUGCGGCAAAAAUUUUGGAUAUGUACAAAGAAAUAAUUACGUAUCUCGUGAUUGUUUAUGAAGGAUUCGAAGCUUAUAUUACUCAGAUGGCUGAGCAUUGGAUCAAAUAUGUCAGAAGAUUUGACAGUCUUUUAGAAGAUGCAUUAAGAUUAUGUAUAAAGUCGACAAUGCAGAAUAUGUAUAGAUGUGUUCAUGGUGAUGGAACAAUGGCGCCAUCCCCUCUCAUUAAAAUGGAUCUGUAUUUAAGUAAUAAAGCCAUAGUAUUCAUUCCAACGCCCCAUGAAAUUGGCGACACGUUUACAACAAUUCUUGAAGAAAUUGUCCAUAUAACCAGUACUAUACCGAGGUUAUACGAGAAAUUUGCUUUACCUGCGGGAGGUUUGAAGAGAUUUUAUGAAGCUAUACAAGUUGAUGCGGACUGUAACAAGCUGCAGUCUUUAAUUGACUCGGAAAUCGAAUAUAAUAUUAACCUUGUGAAUGAUCACAUACGAAUGUGGGAUCCUUACUCUCACAUAUGGAAGGUGGAUAAGAAUGAGUUUUUAGAUCAGUAUCGUAAAGAAAAUCAUACAGCAGUGGAUUUUGAUGCUUUAAUAGUUAAUUACGGUAACUUAGCCAAUGCCGUGCAAAUUCAAGAGACAGUCAAUCAAAUACACUUCAUAACUCUUAACUCGAGCAAUCUGAAGAAAUCGAUUAUUUCGCAUUGUUUGGAAUGGCAAGUUAAACUAGGGGAAUUACUAAGAAAAAUUACAGAAGAAGACAUAGACAAUGUUUAUGCUUAUGUAGAAAGAAGCAGCGAGGAAGCAAUGAAGAUGCCUGCAGAUUUAAAAGAGCUAGCAACUGCAAUAGCAACUUACGAGCGCUUAGUAUCUGAUGUUGGUCGAUUUGAGAAAACUUUUCCGCCAAUCGCAGACGAAAUGUUGACCCUUGGAAAAUUUGAAGUUGAAUUGAGUUCAGACAUGGUGGCACGCCACGAAAAUAUCCCUGUAAUUUGGGCAGAAUAUUUAGCUGUUUUGGAAGAAGCAAAGAAAGCAUUAGAAAUGAACAAGGAUAAGUUUAAGACUGAGCUAUUGGAACAGGCGGAGGUAUUCAAAGAAGUUGCAAAAGAAUUUUGCGAAGACUUUUAUAAGACUGCUCCUUGUAGCUCGGACAUUAAUGGCAAGGAUGCUAUGGCUCAACUCAAAGCUUUCAGAGACCAACUUAAUGCAUUACGAGCCCAAGAGCAACAAAUUCGGGAUGGACUAGCCGUGUUUAAUUUAACGACCCCAGUGAACCUGGACCUUCAAAAAAUGGAGAAGGAACUGGAGAAAUUAGAGGAAGUUUGGGGCUUAGUAUUCCAGUGGGAGGAGUCCUGGGAAAAAUAUAAAACACAGACUUUCUGGGAGAUGGAGACUGGUGAAAUGGAGGAUAAUGUUAUGUUCUUAUUUCGGAAUUUCAACCGACUUUCGCGUCAACUCAAGGAUAAGGGCUGGGAUAUUAUUGAUACAGAUAGAAUAAAGGUGGAUGCUUUUCGAAGAACUCUUCCUUUAAUUGGCGAUCUGAAAAAUCAAUGUAUGAGAGAACGCCAUUGGGAUAGAAUUAAAACACUUAUGGGAGUAGAAUUCGAUCAAGAUUCUGAAGAUUUCAAACUAGAGUUGAUAAUGCGUCUGAACUUUCAAGCUCAUGCAGAAGACAUCGCUGAGAUAUCAAAGGCUGCUACCAUGGAACUUAACAUUGAAAAUGGCCUAAAAACAAUUAGAGAAGUUUGGAAGAACACAACAUAUGAAAUGCAACAUCACAAGGGAGAGAUGUAUAGAAUUAAAAAUGUAGAAGAUGUUAUGCAGUUCCUAGAAGAUCAUCAAGUUCAGCUGUCGUCAAUGAAAUCUACAAAAUAUGUGGAGCCUUUUAUAAAAGAAGUAGAUUACUGGGAAAAGUCUUUAGGAUAUAUUUCAGAAUGUAUUGAGAUUGCCUUGCAAGUACAACGAAGGUAUCUCUAUCUAGAAAGUAUAUUCAGUGGUGAAGAUAUAAGAAAACAAUUACCCAAUGAAGUGCAAGUAUUCGAUGCUCUCACUGCUGAUUGGACUGAAAUUACUAGCAAUAUGAAUGCAGGCACCAAUGCUGUAGAAGCCUGUUUGUUCAAACCAGCACCGUACGUCUUCAACAAACUCAAUAACAUGGUCGAUAACCUUGAUGGCAUAUUGAGGGCAUUGGAGAAGUAUCUCGAAACAAAGCGACAAUUGUUCCCAAGAUUCUACUUUAUAUCCAAUGAUGAUCUUUUAGAAAUUCUUGGCAAUUCAAAAAAACCUCAAUUGAUACAAGUUCAUUUAAAGAAACUGUUCGAUAAUGUGAACAAAAUAAGAAUCGAUAAGAAUGCCCUCGGGCUCCCAGUAGCAAAAGCAAUGAUGUCCGAAGAUGGAGAAUGUAUAGAGUGGAAGCAUAAUCUGGUGCUAGACGGACCCGCGGAAGUCUGGCUUCUUGGCUUGGAGCACACCAUGAGGGUCGUCUUGAGGGAGCAAUUGAUCCUUACACGCGCGGCGUUGCGGAAAUGUCGUUAUCAGAGAGAACAGUGGAUUAACGAUUGGCCUGGGCAGCUGGGCAUCACUUGCAGUAAGAUUCAAUGGACGUCUGACUGCACCCGCACUCUGUGUCGCUGCGAAAUAAUGCAAGAGAAGAAGCCAAUGAAAAAACUACGUAAAAAGCAGAAUCAGAUCCUAACCACGCUGCAGAUGAUGUCGCGGAAGGAGAUCACGAAAAUUCUGCGGUGCAAAGUGAACGCGCUCUGUGUUAUAGAGAUACACUCAAGGGAUACUGUCGAUAGAAUGUAUAAAAUGGGAUGCAUGUCGGUGACCGCUUUCGAGUGGUUUUCUCAACUGAAAUUCUAUUGGGAUCGUGAGAGGGAGGAUUGCUACAUCAGACAGACGAACACCAACUCUGUAUAUACAUAUGAGUAUAUUGGAAAUUCGGGGCGGCUCGUGAUCACACCUCUUACUGACCGAUGUUAUAUCACCCUCACGACGGCGCUGCACCUCUUCCGCGGGGGAAGUCCUCAGGGACCGGCCGGUACGGGCAAGACCGAAACCACCAAAGACCUAGGUCGCGCAUUGGCGAGAUGGGUCGUAGUCACCAAUUGUUCUGAUGGACUUGACUACAAGUCUAUGGCGAAAUGUUUUGCAGGUAUUGCUCAAAGCGGUUGCUGGGGCUGCUUCGAUGAGUUCAACCGCAUCAAUAUAGAGGUUCUGUCGGUGGUGGCGCAACAGAUCCAUGCUGUGCUGCUCGCUCUCUCGCUUUUUCAGAAGAAAUUUGUAUUCGAAGGUUGUGAGAUCAAACUCGACAGUAACUGUGGCAUUUUCAUCACUAUGAACCCUGGCUAUGCCGGUCGAACCGAAUUGCCAGACAAUUUGAAGUCUAUGUUUCGACCGAUUGCUAUGUGCGUACCCGAUUCGCUGAUUAUAGCUGAGAACACACUCUUCUCCGAUGGUUUUACAGCAUAUAAAGUUAACGCUAAGAAGGUGUUCACAUUGUACCAGCUGGCGAUGCAGCAGCUAUCAAAACAGGAUCACUACGAUUUCGGUCUCCGGUCCAUGGUCGCGUUACUGCGCUAUGCUGGUGUGAAGCGGAGGGCGUAUCCGAACUUGCCGGAACAGGAGAUGGUUAUUUUAGCUAUGAGAGACAUGAAUGUGGCCCGUCUAACAGCCAAAGACGUGCCUUUAUUCGACGGUAUAAUGCAAGAUAUCUUCCCAGAAGUGGAGGUUCCAACGUUAGACUACGAGAUGCUGGAGAAUGCCAUAUCGGCUGAGAUGAGGCUUGUCGGUCUUCAGCCCGUGAAGGCUGCUCUUCAUAAGGUCAUACAGACCUACGAAACGAAGAAUUCUCGUCAUUCGAGCAUCCUUCUCGGUGAUACUAACACUGCCAAGUCUGUGUCAUGGAAAAUGCUAGCCGCCACUAUCAGUCGGCUGGCCAUGGAGAAAGUACCAGGUUUCGUGAACGUCCAGGUGUAUCCCAUGAACCCGAAAGCUUUGACCCUGGGAGAGUUGUAUGGGGAGUACAAUUUGGCUACUGGAGAGUGGAAGGAUGGGGUGCUAUCGUCUAUCAUGAGGACCACAUGCCAAGAUGAAUCGCCUGAUCAAAAAUGGAUCAUAUUUGACGGGCCUGUAGAUGCAAUUUGGAUUGAAAACCUCAACUCUGUGAUGGAUGACAACAAAUUACUCACGUUGGUCAACAGUGAGAGGAUAUCUAUGCCAGCACAGGUUUCAUUGCUGAUAGAAACUUUGGAUUUGGCUGUAGCAUCGCCGGCCACUGUGUCUCGCAACGGCAUGGUGUACAACGACUAUAAGGACUGGGGCUGGUGGCCAUUUGUCAACUCUUGGCUGGACACCAUUGACGACCUAGAGUAUAGGGACACGCUGCGGCGUCACUUCAGCAACAUCCUGAGUCCGGUGCUGGAGCUGAAGCGGCUGCAGCUGAGCGAGGGCGCGGGCGUGCGCGGCCACGAGCUCACGGCCGUGCGCGCACUGUGCCGCCUGCUGGCGCGCUGCCCACCGCCAGCACCUGCUCCGUCCGAAGAGGGGGACGACCAGGGACUCUCCAAGAUGAGGUUUCUGUUCGCCAUGAUAUGGUCCAUUGGCUCGACCUUGGAGGAGGAGUCGCGGCGUCGGCUCGACAACUGGGUGCGGGAGCAUGAAGGGGUGUUCCCCCUCAAGGACACCGUAUACGAUUACUACGUGGACGAGAGGCUGAGGCAGUUCCGACCCUGGGAGGAUCGGCUUCCAGACAAUUGGAGAUUCAACGCCAACCUGGGCUUCCACACGAUCCUGGUGCCCACGGUGGAGUUCAUCCGCGUUGAGAUCAUCGCGGUGGACAUGCUGCGUGCAGGGUACGGGGUACUGGUGGGCGGGCCCACGGGCACUGGGAAGACAUUCCUCAUCCAGGGCACGCUGGCCAGCCUCGACUCCACUAGAUACAGUACUCAAGUGAUCAACAUGUCAGCGCAGACGACCGCUGCAAAUGUACAGGAUAUAAUUGAGGCUAGACUGGAGAAAAGGACGAAGGGGAACUAUGUACCAGCUGGAGGUAAGAAGAUGAUUGCGUUCAUGGACGACAUAAACAUGCCGGUGCGCGACAACUACGGCUCGCAGCCACCACUCGAGCUGGUCCGCCUGUGGCACGACUACGGCUAUUGGUUCGACCGCGCCAAGCAGUGGCGGAAGAACGUCAAGGAUAUGGUGCUAUGCGCAGCUGCCGGCCCCCCGGGGGGCGCCCGGUCCCCGCUCCCCCCGCGGCUGCUGUCCUGCUUCCACGCGUUCUACCUGACGGCGCCCACGCAGCAGCAGCUUGUCAAAAUCUUCGGCACCAUGCUUAGUCAGCAUCUACAGGAGUUUGAUGAGGAGACCAAAACAGUUGGUAAAAUGAUACUUGUAGCCACUAUCGACAUGUUUAACAAUAUAGUUGCGAAGUUACUACCGACGCCGAGCAAGAUGCACUAUCUGUUCAACCUACGCGACAUAUCUAAGAUAUUUCAGGGUCUAUUGAGGAGUAACAAGGAUUACACAAACACAAAGGCGAGAUUCCUACGGCUCUGGAUACACGAGUGUUUCCGCGUGUUCUGUGAUCGACUCACAGAAGAAAAAGACCGGGACUGGUUCAUGAACCACAUGGGCGAAAUGUUGGGCAAACACUUCGAGCUUACAUUCCACGCGCUCUGCCCCUCCAAGAGUCCACCACUCUUCGGACACUUCCUCAACCCGUUCGAAGUCUACGACGACCUCAACGAUCCCGUUGCAUUGAGAAAGUAUAUUGUCAACCAAAUGGAAGAGUACAACAGCUGCCCAGGAGUGGUGAAGAUGGACCUGGUCCUGUUCAAGGACGCCAUCGAGCACAUCUGCCGCAUCGUACGGGUCCUCUCGCAGCCACGCGGCAACAUGCUCUGUGUGGGCAUAGGAGGUUCCGGACGCCAAAGCUUGACGAGGGUUGCCUCGUACAUCUGCGAGUGUAACUCUUUCCAAGUGGUCGUCACCAAGACGUACGGCAUCAAGGAGUUUAGAGAAGAUCUCAAGUCUUUGUACACGAGCUGCGGAGUGGACGGCAAGAAGACCACAUUCAUAUUCUGCGAUACACAAAUCGUAGAAGAAACCUUCACGGAGGUGAUCAACAACCUGCUGAGCAGCGGCGAGGUGAUCAACCUGUACAAGCCUGAUGAAUUCGAGGAUAUAAAGCAAGCGCUGGAGAAGCCGAUGAAGGCUGCAAACCUGAUGCAGACGGCAGAGGCGGUCUACUUGUUCCUCGUGGAUCGAGUACGAGCCAACAUGCACAUUGUUCUCUGCUUCAGUCCCAUAGGAGACGAAUUUAGGAACCGUAUCCGUCAAUAUCCGGCUCUGAUCAACGCGACCACCACGAACUGGUUCCUGGAGUGGCCGCGCGAGGCGCUGCUCGAGGUCGCCUACAAGUUUCUGGACGGCGUUGAGCUGCUAGCGUCUAUCACUGGACCCAGGGUGCGUCGCAAGGAGUCUGUGGUGGAGAGCCGCGAGGAGUGCGUGCGCGCGGCGGUGGCGGGCGUGAUGUCCGUGAUCCACUGGUCGGUACGGCGCUGCUCGCGGCGCAUGUGGCGGGAGAUGCGCCGCACCAACCACGUCACGCCCACCAACUACCUCGACCUCGUCUCCGGGUACAAGCAGAUGCUAAAAACGAAAAGAAUUGAGAUAGGUCUGCAAGCGAAUAAACUACGCAAUGGUCUCGGCAAAGUGAAGGAGACGACCAAGUUAGUGGGACAGAUGUCUGAGGAGUUAGCGAUCGCGAAGGUACAAGUGGCAGAAUACACGGAACAGUGCAUCGAAUAUAUGGGAGUGAUCAAUGUACAACAACGCAAUGCUGACGAGCAGCAGCGCAGCGUCGCCGCCCGGAGCAAGAAGACGAUGGACGAGGAGGUGCAGUGCAAGAAGCUCGCAGACGCAGCCAUGAGGGACCUCGCCAGCGCUAUGCCCGCUCUAGAUGAAGCUGUCAAGGCGCUGGAUGCUUUGAAUAAGAAGGAUAUAACAGAAGUAAAGUCGUACGCGAAGCCGCCACAAAAGGUCGAAAUGGUGUUAGAAGCUGUACUCAUACUGCUGCAAAAAGAGCCAACAUGGGCCGAAGCGAAGCGUCAGCUCGGCGACCAGUACUUCCUGGACCGACUGCGCGACUUCGACAAGGACAACAUAUCUGACAAGACGCUGAAGAAGAUUGGCACGUACACCUCCAAGCCGGACUUCGACCCUGAGAUCGUGGGUACUGUUUCCUCUGCUGCCAAGUCGCUGUGCCUGUGGGUGAGAGCUAUUGAGAAGUACGGGAAGGUCUUUAAAAUUGUAAAACCCAAGAAGGAGCGUCUAGAAGAAGCAUUAGAGUCUCUUCGAAUGAAGCAGCAGAUUUUGGCGGAGGCGCGCGCCAAGUUGCGGGAGCUGAGCGAGAUGAUCGCACGGCUGCAGAAGGAGUACGAUGAAAAGGUGGCGCAGAAGGAGGAGUUGGAGCGGAAGUCACGGAUGCUGCAGCUCAAGCUGGAGAGGGCUGAGGCCCUCAUCACUGGCCUCUCGGGGGAGCGGGAGCGGUGGGAGUCGACAGUGGAGCGUCUGGACGGCGAGUUCGAACGGCUGCCGGGCGACUGCCUGGUGGCCACCGGGUUCGUGGCCUACCUCGGGCCCUUCGUCUCCGAGUACAGGGAGGCGCUCAUGAACGACUGGUACAUGGAGGUAUUUAAUGAAGCCGUACCCGUGACCAUGGAUCUGAGCAUGAAGUACUUCUUACUUGACGACGCCACGUUACGGGAUUGGAACUACAUGGGCCUGCCGGAUGACAACUUCAGUGCUGAAAAUGGCAUAAUAGUGGUACGAGCGACGCGGUGGCCGCUGGCCGUGGACCCUCAGGGACAGGCUCUCAUAUGGAUCUCGAGGCUCGAGGAGAAGAACGACAUACAGAUCGUAGACUUCGGUCAACCCAACUACCUGAAGAUAAUGGAAGUUGCCCUAACUGAUGGCAAGCCCAUCAUCAUUCAGAACGUGGGCGAGAUGCUCGAUCCGUCGAUCGCUCCGAUCCUCGACAAAGCGAUCGUCAAGAUCGGAAACUCCCUGAUGAUCAAGUUCAACGAGAAGAUGGUACCUUACAACGAGACAUUCAGGAUGUAUCUCACAACUAAAUUAGGAAACCCGGUGUACACCCCUGAAACGCUGACGAAGACCACGAUGGUGAACUUCGCGGUGAAGGAACAGGGCCUCACCUCGCAGCUGCUCGGCAUCGUGGUCCGCAAGGAGCGACCACAACUCGAGCAGAUGAAGGAUAACCUCGUGAUGACCAUCGCCAAUAAUAAGAAAAUUCUCGUGGAUUUAGAGAACGACCUCCUCCGUAUAAUGUACGAAUCGCAAGUGCCUCUGCUGGAGAACGAGGAGCUGUUCAUCACGCUGCAGACCUCGCAGCGGACCUCUCUGGAAGUGAAGGAGGCUCUCAUCACAUCGCAGGUCACGGAGAAGGAGAUAGAUACCGCCAGACAGGGCUACGUGCCGGUGGCGGUGCGCGCGUCGGUGUUGUUCUUCGCGCUGAACGACCUAUCACGGAUUGACCCCAUGUACCAGUUCUCACUGGAUGCCUACAUCGACCUGUUCACGUACUCCAUCGACCGCAGCCCCAAGGCCACCGAGCUGGAGGAGAGGAUCAUCAAUCUUAAUGAGUUCCACACAUACGCCGUUUACAAAAACACAUGCCGAGCGUUAUUCGAGCGUCACAAACUGCUACUCUCAUUUCACAUCGUGUCCCGGAUACUAUUCCAAAUGGGCAAGAUGAGCAUGCACGAGUACCUGUUCCUGCUAAAGGGCGGAAUCGUACUGGACCGCUCAGAACAACCCGACAAUCCUACCAACUGGAUGCCAGACGAGUGUUGGGACAAUAUUACGGAACUAGACAAGCUACCCGGUUUCCACGGGGUCGUGGAUUCCUUCGAGACCUUCUCCAAGGAGUGGAAGGAGUGGUACCUCCACCCGGAGCCCGAACUGCAGCCCCUCAUUGGCGAGUGGAACGAGAUCUGCAACGAGUUCCAGAAGAUACUGUUGGUGCGGUCGCUGCGCGUGGACCGCGUGUCUGCGUGCGUCACCAGCUUCAUCGUGAGUGUGCUCGGCCCGCGGUACGUCGAGCCUCCCGUGCUUGACAUCAAGGCGGCAUGGGAGGAAUCGACGUGGAAGACUUCUCUACUGUUCGUGCUGUCGCCUGGCGUAGACCCUACUGCGGCUCUCAUCCAGCUUGCCACCGACGUCAGGAUGUUCGACAAGUUCCACUCGCUCAGCCUCGGGCAGGGUCAAGCGCCCACAGCUGCCAGGAUGCUGGCGAAUGGCAUGAAGGAGGGCGGAUGGGUCUUCUUAGCGAACUGCCACUUGGCGUGCGAGUGGCUUGGCUCGCUGCGUGGUCUCGACAACCCCAAGAUCCACCCAAGGUUUAGACUGUGGCUGUCCUCCAUGCCCGAUGACAAGUUUCCUCUCAAUGUUCUCCAGAGAAGCAUUAAGAUGACCACAGAACCUCCACAGGGCUUGAAAGGCAAUCUGCUCAGAAUUUUCGCAAAUAUUAACGAGGAUAAGUUCGACGAAGCGACGCCCAAAUACCGGAGACUCCUGUUCUGCGUGUCGUUCUUCCACUGCACGCUCAUCGCCCGUAAACGGUUCCGACAGCUCGGUUACAAUGCCGUCUACAGCUUCAACGAUGCUGAUUUUGACGUUUCAGACAACUUGCUAGCGAAUUAUCUAGAAGAAUACGAGGAGGUACCGUGGGACGCGCUGCGUUACUUGUUCGCUAUCAUCAAUUACGGCGGUCACAUCACCGAUGAUUGGGACAAGCGCGUGCUCAUCGCUUACAUUAACCAGUUCUUCUGCGAGGAGGCCUAUGAUACGCCUUUUUACAGGCUGUCGUCGCUGGCCGCGUACCAGAUGCCGCGUGACGGCAGCCUGCAGGCCUACCGCGACUUCCUCGCGCUGCUGCCGGCCAGCGAGCGCGCGCAGUCAGUCGGCCAGCACGCCUCCGCCGACGUCGCCACGCUCGCGCAGGAUGCAAUGAUUAUGUGCUCUACAUUAUUUGCUUUGGCGUCCACGGGAGGUGGCGGUGGCGGUGGUGGUGAAGACCAGAAGGUUGACGAACUAACAGCCGAGAUGCUACUGAAGUUGCCAUCCAAAAUAGACGUGGAGACGACAGAGCGGAUGAUGGGCCCUGAGAUUGUGAUGCCACUGUGUGUAUCACUGUUGCAAGAAAUUGGGUACUUUAAUGUACUUAUAACUGGAAUCACAGCGGGUCUCAAGGAGUUGCGUCGAGCCAUCGAAGGUCUAGUUGUGAUGUCGGAAAUGCUCGAAAUAAUGUAUUCAUGCAUCUUCGAAGCAAGAGUGCCAUCGUUCUGGCAAAAAGGUCGUCCGUCGAUGAAGCCGCUGGGGUCGUGGUGCCGUGAGCUGUGGCUGCGGGGCGCGCACCUGUCGGGCUGGGCCGCCGCCCCCCGGGCUCCGCCCGCGCUCUGCUGGCUGCCCGCGCUGGCCGCGCCCGCAGCCCUACUCACCGCUGUUAUGCAGACGACAGCACGCGGUGAAGGUUGGCCCAUAGAUACACUUUGCUGGGAGUUCACCGUAAUGCCAUUGGAAGAAUCCGCUUUCGUCAGACCGCCACGUGACGGAGGAGUAUAUAUCAGAGGUCUAUACUUAGAAGGUGCUAGCUGGUUCAAGAAGGAGGGACAUCUACAGGAGCCGCUGCCUAUGCAGCUGGUGUUCCCCAUGUCACCCAUACACUUCAAGCCCGUAAGGGCCACAGGCAGGCGACUAAAGAAUCGUUACACGUGUCCGUGCUACUACUACCCGUUGCGUAAGGGCGCAUUCGUGGUAGCAGUGGAGCUGCCGGCUGGGAAACAGACCUCCGACUUCUGGGUAAAGCGUGGCACCGCCCUGCUCUGCACACUCGCCACCUAGCUAACCUCUAGUCUCUGUUCUCUACCAUAGACAAUGUAGUGUACAUUUGGCACAGUC